AUGCUUAUUUUCAAAUCGUUGGUUUUAUUAACAGUUUUACUUAGCGCUAAUUUUGCCUCAGCUUUAUUACCACCAUCACCAGGUUCCAUCGAUCCAAAUCAAUUUAAUGAUAUACCAUCAGUUAUUUAUUAUGGCUUAGGUAAUGAUAAUGGUAUUCAACCAAUUGCUCCAGGUUGUAACAAUGGUUUAAUAAAAAAUGUUGGUGCUAAUUCUCCAAUUGUCAUUCUCAAUGAAACUGCUUAUUUAGCAACUACUUACAAUAAUAAUGAAUUAGAUAUCAGUAUUAUUACUAGAGAUGGAGGAUUUUCCAUUUAUCAACAACCUAAUUUAAGAAACUUCUUAAAACAAAACCCAAUGGACUCAUUAAUUUCAUAUGAUGACUAUAGAAAUUCUUUCUUAUUCAUAUCAGGUUCGAAAAUUAUCGAUUAUGGAAUUGCACAUGAUAUUAUAAACGUAAUGGGUGCUGAUUUAAACACUCCAUAUCCAAAUCCAUAUUUUGAUUUAAAAACCUCCACUUAUUAUGUAGCAACUUAUCAAAACAAUAACAAUUUAGUUCAAAACUAUUAUGUUUAUGCUCCACUCCAAGGCGAAUUUUCUUUAUUUUCAGUAAAUAAUUUAAAUUUAACAUACUCUUUAGAUGCUGUUCAAAUUGCAAGUUAUGGUAGCAAAGUUAUUUUAUUUGGUAACAAUAAAUCACAGCAACAAUCUUAUCUUUAUUCAGUCUAUCCUUUCGAAAACUCUUACACUCUUUUAGCCAUUAGAGAUUAUGGAUAUCAACUUACUACUGGUAUUAACUCACGUUUUGUUCUCUUAUCAAGCUCCACUGGUGACCAAACUGAAUUAUAUGAUUUAGAAUUUCAAGGAUCACAAAAAUAUUUGAAUACUUGUUUCAAAUCAAAUUCCCAAAAUUCUUUUAUUUCAUCAAUUGCUACAAAACAAAUCUUUUCAAACUAA